GACGGACCGAGCGAGGUUAUCAAGAGAGAACGGCGAGGGAGGGGGGUGGGGGGGGCUCGAUACCGGUUCGUGUGAUGGUGCGUGCAUAGGGUAACGGUAACGCGAGCAUUUACGAUGAAGCGUGAGAUGCAGUGCCGUGCGGCGGCGGCGUCGCCGUAGCGAGCAUCACCAUCAGCAUCAGAAAGGAAGAGGAGGAGGACUGUUGAGACUGAACGUGGAGGAUGCACCAUCACUGACCAACACUGAUCGUUACCGGGAGGAGGGGAACGCAUCCGUCCCUUACGGCGGACUAAUAUUAGCUUAGUUCGGGAGCCCUAUCUGAUGUGAAGCCGCGGGUAUGGACGGGUAGGCAGGGGAGGAGGCAACCAACGAUACAUUACAGAGGAGCGAGCCCGAGGAGGUGGAGGAGAGAAGGAGGAGGAGCAGGAGUAGGCAGGAGGAUGAAUACGGUGGAUGGAGCAGGAGAAACGGGCCCGGACGGCCUGGCUACGGCAGGGUCCAGUAAAGCAGAGUGUGUCCGAGCAGUCGACGUGCUGACAGUGCUCAGAGAGAAAGUGGCCUUUGUGUCAGGUGGCCGAGACAAACGAGGAGGUCCGAUCCUGACCUUCCCAGCCAGGACCAACCAUGAACGAAUAAAACAGGAAGAUCUAAGCCGACUGGUUACGUACCUGUCAACCAUACCUAGUGAGGACGUGCGUGCACGAGGGUUCACAGUGGUAGUGGACAUGCGUGGUAGUAAGUGGGACAGCGUGAAGCCGGUGUUACGUACUCUGCAGGAAUCCUUUUCCUCCAACAUCCACACGGCACUGCUAAUCAAGCCUGAUACCUUUUGGCAGAAACACAAGACCAAUUUGGGCAGUGCCAAGCUCAGCUUUGAGACCAGUCUAGUGUCCGUCGAAGGUCUGUCCCGGUUGGUUGACCCUUCUCAGUUAACGUCUGACCUCGGUGGCUCAUUGGAGUAUGAUCAUGUGGAGUGGACCGAGCUACGUCUGGGUCUGGAGGAGUUUUCAGGGGCCGCCACACAACUGUUGAACCAAUUGGAUCAGCUGGAAGUCGGCCUGAACAGCUUACCAGAACCGCAGGAUGUGGAUGAAUCCCGCAAAAUACUGGAAGAACACAAUCGUCUCCGAAACACCAUCGCCACAGCGCCGGUUGACGCCCUCGAUCGAGAGGGGAAGAGCUUGCUCCAGCGCAUGCGCGUGGGCCCCUCCCACGGCGACACCUCCAACGAGAGCGCCGGCGGGAGCCACGGCAGUUGGCUGUCAGGCGGGGCUGACUUCCAGAGCGUGGCGCCAAAGGUUUCCUCUCUACUAGACCGUCUGCAAGUGGCUCGCAGUCACCUGCUGCAGAGUUGGAGCGACAGGAAACUCCACCUGGACCAGGCACUGCAGUUACACCUCUUUGAGCAGGACGCCAACAAGAUGUCUGAGUGGAUCGCCCACAGUAAGGAGUUGUUCAUGCAGACUCUGGUGGAAGUCGGCCAGAACCACCAGCAUGCCGUUGACUUGCAAUCGCAACAUCAGCACUUCACCUCCAAUGUGAUGAACGGGAGUGUAAAUGUGGACAGUGUUGUUACUGUGGCAGCUAGGCUUGCAGAGGCUGGUCACUUUGGGGCAGAGAGAAUUGCCACGGUGUCCUCACAGCUACAAGAAGCCUGGAAGCUGUUGACCACAGCUCUGGAAGAGCGUAGCAACACUUUAGCCAUGGCAACUGGCUUCCACCAAGGCGCAGAGCAGUUUCUCCACAAAACAGAGGAGUGGCUUCAGAACUAUGUCGAGGCAUCGCUGCCACUGGCGACAACUGAGCUCGAGGAAGCUGUAAAAAAACACCAGGAACUGAAUGAGGAGAUCUCUGCCAACUACACACAGGUGAGCGAGAGCGGCAAAGCCUUGCUGGACGUCCUAAAUCGGAGCACGGUGACUGACAACAAUGAUUCGUCAUCGAAACCAGACUUGACUGCCACCACACACGGCAUCAUGGGAGUUCUGCACCAGGUCAUGCAGGCUCACCAUGACCUGGAGAAUGCGUGGCAACACCGCAAGCUCCGCCUCCACCAGCGCCUUCAGCUCUGUGUGUUUCAACAAGAUGUCAGACAGGUGUUGGACUGGGUGGAGCAGCACGGCGAGGUUUUCCUCAACAAACACAGUGGUGUUGGGAAGACUCUGCAUCGAGCGCGAGCACUUCAAAAACGUCACAAUGACUUCCAGCAAGUGGCUCAGAACACUUACACCAACGCAGAGAAGCUUCUGGAAGCAGCUGACCAACUGGCUCAGUCCGGUGAGUGUGAGGAAGAAGAGAUCUACCAGGCGGCUCGAGACUUGGAGCUCCGCAUGCAGGCGUUCAUUCAGAAAGUGGAACAAAGGAAGAUGCUGCUCGACUUGGCUGUGUCCUUCUACACACACACCAAAGAGCUGUCGUCGUGGAUGGAAGGACUCCAGAAGCAGCUCUCGGCUGACCUCUGCGUCGGUUCUGAAUCGGUGGAAGCUCUGCAGACGCUGAUGAGUCAGCAACAACAGCAGCAGGCCAACACACAGGAGGCUGCGAUGAGUGUCAUCAGAGAAGGGGAAGACCUCAUCCUGCAACUCAGGCCCCAGGGCAGCUCUGUGGCCCACGUGGAGUCGGUGCUACAGCAACUGGAGGAGUUCCAUGUUCAAUUGGAGGAUGUUUUCCAUCAGAGGAAGAUCCGAUUGGAUGUUUACCUGCAGCUGCGUAUCCUGAAACAGUGCAUACUGGAGGUAACCGGCGAGAUGGAUGCUUGGAAGCAGGAGCUCCAGAAACAAUCCCAGGACCUUUCUGCCGAGAAGCGGCUAUCUGACGCAAACCAAGACAAGCAAGCACUCGGGCCGUCGCGGCUAGCCGAAGCUAGCCCAGAGGCACUUACAUUAGCACAGCAACGCAUUCACAGGCACAUGGAACGGAGGCUCGCUGUGAACAACAUGACCUAUGAGGUGGUCCAGCAGGGUCAUGACCUUCAGCAGUAUAUCACCGAGGUCAAGUCAACAGGAAUUGAGCUGUCAGAGGUGGAGGCCGAUCUCUCUUCUCAGGUGGAGGAGCUGCAACGCCUGAUGCUGGACAAACAGAAGGAACUGCAGCAGAUUGCAGAUCACACUCACACACACCUUGAACAGAACCUGCAACUUCGACACCUGCAGAACCAGGUCAAACAGGUGCUGGGUUGGAUCACGGAGGGUGAGGUCAUGUUGUCAUCCUGCAUGCUCAACUCCAGCUGUUUGUCAGAAGCUGAGCAGCUGCAGAGGGAACAUGAGCGCCUCCAACAGGCCAUAGAGGCUCUCCUCCAUGCUGACUCUCUGCAGAGGACCCACCAGGUGGCUCUGGCUCUACAGCAAAGAGCAGAACUGCUAGUCAGGUCAGGCCAUUAUGAUCCAGAUGCAGUGAGGUCCUGUGCACAGACGGUGGCGCUCCACUGGCAAACGCUCAUGCUGCGGAUCGAGGACCGACUCAAACUUGUCAACGCUUCUGCUGCCUUCUACCGAACUUCGCAACAGGUAUGCGGUGUGCUGGAGAGUCUGGAGCAGGAGUACCGCAGGGAGGAGGACUGGUGCGGGGGCGGAGACAGACAGCCUGAGCAUCUCCUGCCUCUCAUUAACAAACACAUGGAGCAAAAGGAGGCCUUUCUCAAGGCCUGCACGCUCGCGAGACGGAAUGCGGAAGUUUUCCUCAAGUACAUCCACCGCAACAGCGUCACCAUGGCCAACAUUUCUGGCCACAAUGUCACAGUGUCGGGGGUCAGUGAGGUGACUGGGCACUCACGGGUACCAGAGCAACAGGUCAAAGGUAUUCUCAGUGAGUUGCUUCAAAGAGAAAACAGAGUUCUUCAUUUUUGGACAUUAAAGAAGCGCCGACUGGACCAGUGCCAGCAGUAUGUCAUGUUUCAGAACCACACACAGCAGGCUCUGGAUUGGUUGGCACAGACUGGAGACCACUACCUGGCCACACACACAUCACCGGGCGCAACGGCAACGGAGACGCAGGAGCUGCUGAACCAGCACCGGCAGUUUUGUGUUUCGGCCAAGCACACACAGGAGAAGGUUCACUUGCUCAUCCAAUUGGCUGAGAGCAUGCUGACUAAAGGCCACGCCCAUCGCCUGGAGCUUCGUCGGUGUGUUUCCGCCGUGGAUAAACGGUACCGGGACUUCACCGUCAGGAUGGGCCAGUAUCGCCACCUGCUGGAGACGGCGCUUGGAGGCUGCUCACAGGACAACAAGGACUUGGAGCUCGAGCUAAUUCCCAGCAGUCUGUCUGACUCUGACCCGGAAGUCAAUCUGUCAGAUCCCAGCCACCAGGUCAGCGAUGAGAAGAGACGCUCAGCCCGCAAGAAAGAGUACAUCAUGGCGGAGCUGCUGCAGACGGAGAGAGUCUACGUUAGAGACCUUCAAGAAUGCAUUGAGACAUACAUGUGGGAGAUGACGAGCGGCUCUGAGGACGUCCCAUCUGGUCUUAGCAACAGGGAUGAUGUGGUGUUCGGGAACAUCCAGGAUAUCUACGAGUUCCAUAACAGUAUUUUCCUGAAAGAGCUGGAAAACUACGAGCAACUUCCGGAAGAUGUGGGACAUUGUUUUGUCACCUGGGCUGACAAGUUCCACAUGUACGUGACCUAUUGCAGGAACAAGCCAGACUCCAGCUUACUGAUCCAGCAGCAUGGUGUUGGCUUCUUUGAGGAGGUCCAGAGGAGACACGGGCUCACCAACUCCAUCUCGUCAGCGCUCAUCAAACCCGUUCAGAGGAUCACAAAGUAUCAACUACUGUUGAAGGAAUUGUUAGCAUGCUGCGAAGAAGGAAAGGGUGAGAUCAAAGAAGGCUUGGACGUCAUGCUGAGUGUACCGAAAAGAGCUAACGAUGCUAUGCAUGUUAGCAUGCUAGAAGGUCUUGAAGAGGGUCUUGAGGUGCAAGGUGAGCUCCUGCUGCAAGACUCCUUUCUCGUUUGGGAACCAAAGUCCCUCAUCAGGAAGGGACGUGACCGACACCUCUUCCUGUUUGAGCUUUCACUCAUCUUUAGCAAGGAAAUGAAAGAUUCAUCAGGACGCACCAAAUAUCUUUACAAGAGCCGCUUGAGGACAUCGGAACUUGGUGUGACUGAACACAUCGAAGGGGAUCCUUGUAAGUUUGCACUUUGGGUUGGCAGGACGCCAACUUCGGACAACAAGACGGUUCUGAAGGCAUCUUCCUUGGAACUGAAGCAGGAGUGGGUCCGCAGCAUUCGCCAGGUGAUCCAGGAGAGGCGAGGUCACCUGCGGGGUGCUCUUAGGGAGCCCAUCCCCCUUCCGAAAACCCCCAAUCUGACUCUUGGGCGACAACGCAGCAUCACACGCAGAGAGACCAGCGAGGACGCCGACAGCUUGGGUGACGCCAGCAGUCAGCCCGACACUGUCUCCAUCGCCUCCCGAACAUCCCAAAACACUGCAGACAGCGACAAGCUGUCGGGAGGCUGCGAGUUAGUGGUGGUGUUGCUGGAUUUCUCCUCUGGAUUGCCCGGAGAGCUCAGUGUCCGCUGCGGUCAGACUGUGGAGCUCGUGGAACGCUCAGCAGAGCGACCCGGCUGGUGUCUUGUCAGAACCACCGAUCAAAGUCCUCAACAGGAGGGCUUGUUGCCGAUGAGUGCCCUCUGCCUGUCACACUCGCACAGUGCUGCCGACAUGGAAACACUGGUCCCGGCGUCCCCCGCCUCCUCGGGCAACGCCCCCUCCUGCAUUACCACCACCUCCUUCAGUGCCUCCAAUUCAUCCUCGCUGACGAACUCUGGGAAGGCAGAUUCUGGAGCAUUAACCCCUGAGACAGCUGUGCUGCACACUCAACCCACUCAAAGUGGGACGUCCACUGUGGUCUCCAAUGUGGCUGGGACUCCAGGGGCCGCUGCCAGUUCCCCAGCACCAAAACGUAGUGGCUCAGGGACAGGAAACACCUUGAAGCGCUGGUUGACCAGUCCAGUUCGGAGGCUGAGUCAAGGAAAAGCAGAUGGACAGAAGAAAGCUCCAAUUAGAAAUAGGAGGCGGGACAACAGACCGGAAGUAACGAUGCCCCUCACAGGGAACUCGACAAUGAAGGCCAAGAAGGAUGAAGGGGGACAAAGUGGAGGAGAAGAGGAGCCAGAGGAAGAAAAUGCCACCCCUUUACCACCUCCCAUGCAGAUCAUCAAAGAUCCCAAUAACACCACGGCCCUCGAUUCAGACCAAAGUUCCAACGAAUCGGACAGUGAGCAACAAAACAAAGCUAUGAGAGGACGCAUGUUUGUCGUGAACGAGAUGGUCCAAUCUGAGAAGGACUACGUGAAGGACUUGGGUGUCAUUGCUGAGGGCUUUAUGUCAAGGUUGGAUGUCAGAGGGAUCCCAGAGGACAUGAGGGGGAAAGACAAGAUUGUUUUUGGCAACAUCCAGCAGAUUUACGACUGGCAUCGCGAUUUCUUCCUAGUCGAGUUGGAGCGAUGCAUUCAAAAUCACGACCUACUGGCCGACCUCUUCAUCAGACAUGAGCGUCGCCUUCACAUGUAUGUGGUGUACUGUCAGAACAAGCCACGGUCAGAGUACAUCGUCAUCGAGUAUGAGACCUUCUUUGAGGAGAUCCAGCAUGAGAUCAGCUGCAGGAUGUCCAUCAGUGAUUACCUCAUCAAACCCAUCCAGAGGAUCACCAAGUAUCAACUCCUGCUGAAGGAUUUCCUGAAGUACACGGCCAAAGCCGGGCUGGACUGCGAGGAGAUUGAGAAAGCACUGGAGCUGAUGUCGCUGGUUCCGAAACGCUGCAACGACAUGAUGAACCUGGGCCGCCUGCAGGGAUACGAGGGGAAGUUGACCUCUCAGGGCAAGCUCCUGCAACAGGAGACCUUCUGUGUGUGGGAGCAGGAUGGCGGCGUUCUGUCCCGGAGCAAAGAGCGUCGAGUUUUCCUGUUUGAACAGAUCAUCAUCUUCAGCGAACUCCUACGCAAAGGAUCCAACAACCCAGGAUACCAGUUCAAGAACAGCAUCAAGGUGACUUACCUGGCCAUGCAGGACAGCGUGGAGGGAGACCCCUGUAAGUUUAUGUUGUGGUCUCGCGGCUCAGCCGAGCGCUUCACGCUCCAGGCGUCCUCCACUGCCAUCAAGACCACCUGGGUGGAAAACAUCACCGCCCUGCUGGAUGCUCAGAACAACUUCCUCUCUGCUCUCCAGUCUCCCAUCGAGUACCAGAAAAAGGAAGGCGGGAUAUCGGUGACCCGUCCCCUAUCAUCGGGGCGAACGCCUUUAGCCCUGCCCACACCUAAUGGCCACGCCCCUCAGCCCUUGCCAGACAGCGAUCAAGAUGUCCAGGAGUUGGUGCUGGUACUCCAGGACUUUGUGGCCGUACGCGAAGACGAGAUCUGCGUGUUCCGGGGAGAGAAGGUUCAAAUUCUAGCCUCCAACCAACAGGGUCAGAGUCUCGUGUACCGACCGGCCAACAGCGACUCCCCGGCGGCCGAAGGCUGGGUGGCACGCAGUGCACUUGGCACGCAAUGACACCCACAAAUACAUACGCAGACUUCCUGUAGCAGGUAACGUUAGGCCCGCCCUCCUUCCUGUGAUUUCAGCGUAAAAACACACCUCCAGACAUUCAUUCAAGACUGCCAUCCGAUUGGUUCCCAAGCCAAUCACAGAUGAUAUCACAAACUUUCGAAUCCAGGAACCUGCCGUUGCCUAGCAACUAGAGACAGUUUAAAAAAAAAAAGAAAAUACCUGGAGUUCCUUUGGAUAUCUCUGUGUGACUCUGCCCCUGUCAUGAUGAGGAUGCACAUAUAUGUACUGCAUACAUGCCACUGAUUGGAUGAAGAUAAUGAAGAUGAUCAAUAUGAAGAAUAAUAGAUUCUGUUUUUCACCUUAAUAGAGAAACUGUGUCAUGUUCGUGUGAGUGUUUGAGAGCGCGCGCGCGGGCGUGUGUAUGUGUUAAUGUUUCAGAGUGUCUUCGUGGCGCCUUCCUGUGUAGGUUUUUAUCCACUGAGCGUUUGACGGUGCCCCCACUGUAGCAUUGCCAUGACGACCACAUUGUGUUGACGGCUGAACCUCAUUUCUUGAUUUUGUUUGGGCAACACAGAACAGGCCUUUUCACCAUGUCGUACUUCCGGGUGGCGAGAGCAAUCUCAGAUGGCGUUAGUAUCAAUAAACAAACUUUCGUUAGACAAGUGGUUGGUCCCCAACAUAUUUACCAAGGCUCAGUUCAUGGUCUCACUGAUACAGUCCUCUCUAAAGGCGCUGAAAUUGCAAGGUCCAUUCAUUUGCUUUUCUUGUAUACUCAAAAUAUUUUCAGGCUUUCCGAUCAAAAGUUGAGACUAAGGUUCAAGCUUUUAUUUUAGAGUUUACAUCUAGAUGUUAACUCCAAAUAAAGCACUUUUUGUUGGAAGCCACCCACUUUUGGAACCACGUUUUGGUACUGGCGUGAAGAAUUUUAGGGUACACUGUAUCACAACCUCAAACAUAAGAUUUUGUCAUCAUUUUGAAUUCAGCAGCACUGACUUGCGUCCUGCCCCCCGGAAGUAUCCCCGGCGCCUGUUUACAAACUCCCUGAAAAGGUCUAUUGUCUCCGUUGGCGACCACCACCAUGACCAUCCCAACCUGUGGCGGCACCACCAUGGUGACUUCAUUUGUGCAGCUCUGUUCACUUUUGGAUAUCCUGAUUAUGCAUUGUGAUCAUAUAUGACACCGUCUGUCCACCUUUUGCCCGGCUCUCUUCCUCACCGUCAUUUCGUCCACCAUCCCGCCUGUCUGACUUCCUGUUCCUCUGUUCGACCUCCUGUGGUUCUCCUCAUAUGGCUCCCGUGCAACUUCCUUUCGUUCUCUCGGUAUCCCAACUUCCUGUUUCCUGUCAACCUCUCUACAUGUUCUGCGUCUUUCUUCUGGUGCCAUUCUCAGACAACACCCUUGUCCUUAAGGAACUAUGCAGCCUGAGAAAGUAGUGCUGGGUUGAAGGUAGAAUGUAGCGUUUAGUUGUUGACAGGUUGACAGUGAUAUGUAAUUCUGUUAUGUAGGAUUUAUGCUUGGAUGUAGUGCGCUAUUACCAAGGAGUAGGGUUGCAGUCGUGGAAAAUGAUCUAAGUUGGGAACUUUUAGAACUAUUCCAAACUGCGCACUUUCUUUGGGUAUUAAAUGGGAAUUGGUGAUAGGUAGAUUAAUGGGAAUGCCAUCACAUUCAACCACAAAUCAUACAUGAAAAAUAAUACAAUUAAACAAUAUAACUUCUGACCAGAUUUAUUUGCGAGUAGAAUUUUAUCAAAUUUUCAAUAAUUGUAGUUGAGUUAAUUAUUCAUCCCCAACCUCACCUGUUACAACAAUGAAGCUAUUUGGAGCCAAUUUAAAUUUCGUCAAUACCUGCUUUGUUCCUGUUUAUUCUUGCAGAAGAUUUCCAAUAUUCUCAGAAUUUUGCAACAAUUUUUUUUCUACGAAGGAGUCACAGGGCGAAUAUACUGUCGCCCCUUAUGAGUCCUUUAAGAUGGAAAGUAGUGAACACUAUGAUAACGACAUCAUCCUAAGGCAGGGUUGGGCAAAAUAUGGCCCCAAAAGGCCUGCAUGAUCACGAUGUAUAAUAUUUAUGAAUUUUUUGAUUGGUGGUUUUUCCUCGGCUUGUUGUUUAUCACGUUAAAGGGACACGAUUGGGCCAGAAAGGGCUGAUUUUUGUUUGGUUUUUUUCUCUCUCCCACAGAUAAUUUUAUUUUUGUACCACUGUCAGGUCAUACUGCCAGUUUUAACAAAUCACAAGUGGGAUUUUUUUCAAUUGCAUACUAUCCCUUCAAGUAACUUAUUGUAAAUAAACAAAAAGGUACAAUUUUCCAGAUUAUUUCAUUUCAUGGAAAAGUAAUCGUCUUCAAAUCAAUGAAAAAUGAUAGAAUUAACAUAGAAUUAAAGUAACCAUUUUGUCAUACACAUUCUAAUUUAUAUAUUUUUUCCACUUCAUUUAACAAUACCCUGCCUCAUCAGUUCAUUUUAAAAAUCAGAUGUGGCCCUUGCAUCAAAUUUACUCACCCUUCUUCUAAGGUUUCAAACGGAAAUGUUGUGUGACGACAAAGGGUUUGAAGGAGAACAUAGCGCACUACAUUUGAUGGAUUUAAGAUGAAAUGUAGUUCACCGUGAAGGAUUCAAGGUGGAUUGUAGUAUACGACUCCGUUUUUAGGACUAAACUAGACCACGAACAAAGAUGAUGAAAAGCACACUACAAAGGGUCAAGAUGGGAAGUGAGCGUUGGUGCUAUUUGAGCGCAUUGACGAGCGGUAGACCGAAGCAACCAGUGUUAUUUCUACAAAUCUAACAGCUGCUAAGUGACCACUAACAGCUCUGUGUCAAAUGUUUGUAAUAAACGUCAUUUUUCAUCCAA